AUGGCUUCCGAAGACUCUACCAACUCCUUCACGCCGGGUGACACCAAGAUCUUGAUGUGCAUCCUCAAGAACCUUGAAGGCGACCUGCAGGCUGACUGGAACGCCGUCGCCACCGAGCUGGGGUACAAAGACGCCAGCAUCGCCAGGACCCGCUGGAGCCAGAUCAAGCGCAAGAAGAUCAAGGGCGACAGUCCGAAGGCCGCUAAAGGCACACCGAGGAAGCGUAAGGACUCCGGGACUGGCGGCGGUGACGACGAGGAAGGGGUGGAGUCCCCGACUGCCAAGAAGCGUGGGAGGAAGGCCAAAGGUAAAAACGCUAAGCCGAAGGCGGAUGACGGUGACGGUGACGGUGAUGAUGCCAAUGUGAAGGGGGCUGCGAUUGUGAAGGAGGAGCAGCUCGAUGAGGAUGCCGGGGCGAUGGAGAGUAUUGAGGCCGCAGGCCGGGAGGCCGACCCUUGA